AGGCUCCUCCUCACCAGCGAGCGUGUUCCCUCAAGUUUAGAUGAGUGAUCCGACGGAUAUUAUCGUCCGUUUUGGACGCGAUAGAGACGCGUGUAGAGUGCGAGUGAUCGCACCGAAGGCCAGCCCACUGGAAGGGAAAAAAGAAAUGAGAGACGAAGACCAGCUCAGCCAUUGUUUGGUGUGUAGCUCAUCUUCUUUCGUUACGCUCCCUCUCCCUCUCCCUCUCCCCGGUCGUCUCCUGGUCUUCAAGAGCUUGCAAUCUUCAUCUCCGCGAAGCAUUCUCUUCGAUCUCUGUGUCUUCUUAGCUCAUUCCCUUCAGAGGACUCCGUCAUCGUGAUCGCGGUCAAACCCUCUCGAUCGAGAGAAGGGUUCAAGCUUUGAAAAACUGAUAUGAAGAAGAAUUUGUGCAAUGAAUUUGGUUUUUUAGGGUUUUGGUUAGCUGGGAUUUGAGCCUGGAGAGUUCGAUGCUGAAGAAAUAAGAAGACUUUAGGGUCGUGCUUGUUGGUCAAGGAAGAUGUUGGAGGGUCCGAAAUUCACUGGAAUUAUAGGUUUAAACAACAAUGAAAACAACUUCUAUGAUUUCUCACAAGGGUUUUACCAUAAACUCGGGGAGGGUUCCAACAUGUCGAUUGACAGUUUUGGGAGCUUGCAAACGAGUAAUGGUGGAGGUUCUGUUGCGAUGUCUGUUGAUAACAGCAGUGUUGGGUCAAAUGAUUCCCAUACUCGCAUCUUGAACCACCAAGGGUUGCGGCGUGUUAACCAAAAUUAUUCUGUUGCCCAGAGUGUUAAUCACCGAGGAAGAGUCUCGCAUGCCCUUAGUGAUGAUGCAUUGGCUCAAGCUCUAAUGGACAGUAGUUCCCCCACAGAGGGGCUUGAGAAUUUUGAGGAGUGGACUAUCGACUUGGGGAAGCUGAAUAUGGGGGCAGCUUUUGCUCAAGGGGCUUUUGGAAAACUCUACAAAGGCACUUACAACGGUGAAGAUGUUGCUAUCAAGAUUUUGGAGAGGCCGGAAAAUGACCCAGAGAAGGCACAGUUGAUGGAGCAGCAAUUUCAACAAGAAGUCAUGAUGCUGGCCACUUUAAAGCAUCCAAAUAUUGUCAGAUUUCUGGGGGCAUGUCGCAAGCCAAUGGUUUGGUGCAUCGUUACGGAAUAUGCAAAGGGUGGUUCAGUUCGGCAGUUCUUGAUGAAGCGACAGAACCGAUCAGUGCCAUUGAAACUGGCAGUCAAGCAAGCGUUGGAUGUUGCAAGGGGGAUGGCAUAUGUGCAUGGACUUGGGUUGAUUCAUAGAGAUUUGAAAUCUGACAACCUUUUGAUUUCAGCAGACAAAUCAAUCAAAAUAGCAGACUUUGGGGUUGCCCGGAUUGAGGUGCAAACUGAAGGAAUGACACCAGAGACAGGAACAUACCGCUGGAUGGCUCCGGAGAUGAUCCAGCACAGGCCCUACACACAGAAAGUAGAUGUCUAUAGCUUUGGAAUUGUUCUGUGGGAACUCAUCACUGGAAUGCUCCCCUUCCAGAACAUGACUGCUGUGCAGGCAGCAUUUGCAGUUGUUAAUAAGGGUGUAAGACCAGUCAUUCCCAAUGACUGCUUACCUGCUCUUAGCGAGAUCAUGAAUCGUUGUUGGGAUGCCAAUCCUGAUGUGAGGCCACCCUUCUCUGAUGUUGUCAAGAUGCUUGAGAGUGCAGAGACCGAGAUAAUGACUACAGUCCGCAAGGCCCGUUUCAGGUGCUGCAUGGUCCAGCCGAUGACAGCAGAGUAAGCAGGGAAAAGAAAAAAAGUGGAAGCAAAGCAGCACAUUUGGAUGUGGUAAGAACAGAGAGAAAAGAAAAAGAUAUAUGGGAAAAGUUUUUUCAAAAAAAAAGAAAAAGGGAGGAAGCUAGAAAAUGUGAUUUUUCUUAGCUUUUGUGUAUUUAUCCGGGUCAAUUUCUUUUGUCAGAUUUGAAAAAAAAAGAAGAGGGAAAGUUACAAUAACCUGCUGCUUUCUGGUUUUUCUAUCUUAAUGGAUAUGUUGCUGAAUUAGUAGGAGAAAGGAUAUUUGCUGUGUAUGUGUACAUCUGUGUUAACCUGCCAUUGUUUAGUUGAUUUAUUUUGCUGCUGCUGCUA